CUUUCCCAGGUACAAGUAUGCCUUGCGCGGAGUGAUACAAAACAAAGGUUUGUGACGUAGUAGCAACACUCAAAAGUCAUUAUGGCGGUGGGGGAAGCGGCAGGGUAGACCCCGGGGUUGCUGACAUUACCACCUAAUUUUCAGGAUGUGAACUACUGGUCCGUGACAACGUUUUACUCGUGCUAGUGCCGACAUUUCUCCCGCAUUUGUGCAACUGAUAACUCCCUCAACAUGGAACAGUCUUCCCCCGGACCGGGGAGUCGUCUUGCGAGGAUGACACGGCCCACAGCCAGCCAUGGGGGAACCGCAGAAUGCUAAGAUGAAACACGACGGUGCGAUGAAGACAGAAGGGGGAGGGCAGGACCACCAACUCACGGAACUUCUGAAAAACAGGGCGUACGUCCUGAGCGUGUACACCUGGCUAAAUAAAGUGAUGAUGAUGAUGAUGACUUACAAUUACGUCCACUAAAAUGCAUCGAAUACUUGUGGCCCUCCGUGUCCGGCCCGUCAGUGAUGCCGAGCUGGAACAGGGAGCGACGUUGAUUGCCCACCGCGUCGACAACAAUAGCCCUCAUCUUGUAGAGAACAUCUGUUCUACUACUAGGAAAAGAAUUGAUCCCCGUAAAAAGAUGGUGGUACUAAUGGACCCCCAGGAGGACCCUGACGACAUCCUACGAGCGAAUCGAUCGCGGGAGAAGCAAUAUGUGUUUGACUACUCAUUUGAUGGCAGGUCCACUCAAGAGGAAGUUUAUGCCUACACCACCCGGCCCUUGAUAGAGAGUGUCAUUGAGGGAUUCAACGCUACUGUCUUUGCCUAUGGUGCUACAGGUGCUGGUAAAACCUACACCAUGCUGGGUACAGAACACGAGCCUGGGGUGAUGGCAAGGUCGCUCAAUGCCCUGUUUGAGGAGAUGUACCGCACAAGUGAAAACAUGGUGUACCAAGUGUCCAUGUCUUACCUAGAGAUCUACAACGAGAUGAUCCGUGAUCUCCUGAACCCGGAGUCAGGAUUCUUGGAACUCCGAGAGGACGCGAAAGGGGUGCAGGUCACCGGGCUGUCGGAGGUCAACGCCAAAUCUACCAAGGAGGUGAUGGAGCUCCUACAGCAAGGCAACAAGCAGCGUACCCAGGAACCCACCAAGGCGAACAAGACGUCUUCCCGCUCGCACGCCGUGCUGCAGGUCACCGUGAAGCAGCGUUCCCGCGUCCGCAACACGACGCAGGAGGUGCGAGUCGGCAAGCUGUACAUGAUCGACUUGGCGGGGUCCGAGAGGGCAGCGCAAACCCAGAACCGUGGUAAAAGAAUGAAGGAAGGUGCUCACAUCAACCGCUCUCUGCUGGCGCUGGGCAACUGUAUCAAUGCGCUGUGUGAGAAGGGAGGGAAGGCGUAUGUAAACUACCGUGACAGUAAGCUGACCAGGCUACUGAAGGAUGCCCUGGGAGGCAACUGUAAGACUGUGAUGAUCGCUCACAUCAGUCCAGCCAGCACCUCGUUUGAUGAGUCCAGAAAUACUCUACUGUAUGCAGACAGAGCAAAGAAUAUCAAAACUAGGGUGAAAAGAAAUUUGAUGAACGUCUCGUACCAUAUUGCGCAAUACACGGCCAUCAUCUCGGACUUGCGGAAGGAGAUUUCUCGGCUGAAGCUGAAGAUUGAGGAACAGGAGAUGGUGAAGAAGGAGCUGUCCCAGGGGCAGCAGCUCAGGUCCAGGAUCAAGGAGAUACAGUCUGAGGUACAGCUGGAGGCCAGCAGGUCGGACAAGAAGGAGAUGGUUCGUCUGCGGGAACAGCUGGUGUCGGCCUUUCACGAGCAGAUGGAGAUCCGGCGCAGCCUGAUGGAGCUGGAGAACACCACGCUGGAGAUCCAGAUGGACACGUCCAGACACAUGCUCACCAUCUCCGAAUGGGACCAGGAACAGAGCAAGCAAAAGGAAAAGCAGACUGAGGACAACAAAGAGUUGGAGAAGGGAGAGAGUGAGAAGGAGGCAGAGGAACAGUCCUCCCACAGUGACUCCUCCUCCGAGCCUCCGGAGGUCCUACAUGCUAAAGAUGAGCUGCAGCAGCUCAUGGAGGAGCAGAAAAAGGCAUCAAACCUGAAGCUUCAACUUCAGGAAAAACUUAGUCUCAUCCAGAGCAAGGGAAGGAAACUGGAAGAGCUGCUGCCCAAACGGAUCAAUAACGAGGACCAAAAGGAAAUUCUCAUGCUCCUGUGUAAGGUCCACGAGCUGGAAAUUGAAAACACAGAGAUGCAGUCCAAAACACUGCUUCAAGAAAACUUCCUCCGCCAGAAAGACUUGGUCAUUGCGAGGUACGAGCAGCACAAGAACGUGGCGGACGAGAUAAUCCGCAUGCAGCGGGAACUGAUCGAGAUGCACAACUUACCUGUUCCUCUGGAGCUGGAGGAGCUGUAUGAGGUGUACACUCAGGAUCUGGACGCUUCCUUCAGCCACACCCAGCUGCACACGUUACAGAGCUAUCAGGCAAAAAUGUCAUUCCUCACUCAGAAGCUUCAGGACUUUGAGGAAUAUGACGAUAAGCUUGGCACGUUGGACGAUGAACAUUCCAGUCCUUCGCCCACAAAGAUAAAGUCAAGAAAUGCGUCAACGAAGGACUUGAAUGAAAGGGACACACCGUCAAAGGUCUUCAAAGCAAGUCCUCAAUCUAGGAUGCUGCGGCAAGCAGCGAACGAUAACCAAGUGACCUUAAGUCCGACCCACUCGGACAGUGUUACAAAACUUGAGAGCCUGGUCAGCAUCAGCAGUCGAAGCAAUAGCCGAACCAGUGACUCACCUGAACCUCCAACUGGGAUAGUGACAUCACCAGAUGAUAUCAUUGAAGUGGCAAAGAAAACAAAGAACAUAAAUGCCAUCGCCGCUCGGCGGCGGUCGCGAGUAACCCCUCACGCUCCAGAUAUUCUCACCCUUGAUUAUGGCAAGACCACAGCUUCUCUUAAUUCUCUCAGGGACGACACUCGGCAGUUAAAACAAAUCGAUGAGGUCAGGUCUAACCCCCUAACGCCUGCCAUGAGGCACGCUGUUAGCGAGGAGAACUUGUAUGACGAAAAGUCCAGCAGCAAGCGCGAGGAGUCCCCUCCUCCCGUGUUUGUGCCGAGGAUUGCGAAACCUCGCCGUAGCGAUAGGAAGAGUCUAGACAGACAGGCACGCAGGAGGACCAAGUCUCAUGAGGUAUCUGAUGACAAGAAUAAAGCUGGGAAAGUGUCAGUGGGAGCAAGACAAAAGAUGCGCAGCAUCCGACAUUCCAAUGGGAACUAUUCAGACCCAGCACAGUACAGGGGGCGCGUCAAGUUUCCUGUCAACCACCAUACAGGAGAAGGUGACCUGCGGACACUAGAACCAGUCAGCACUCCCCCUACUACAGUCUUCCAGAGUGGGGCAGACAAGGGCAAGGGCCUCUCUGUGCAGAAGAGGUAUAGAGGACCUUCCACCUACUCAGACUCCUCUGCCGCCAGCACCCCCCAGCUGCAGCCACCCCCUAUCCGCCAGAAGGCGACCAUCCCCGCCUACCGCAAGGCUAACAUAGCAGUCGCCGGCCACGCUCUCCCGCGAAGUACCGACAAGCACCGCAGAUACUAAACACCUUCCAACUGUAGAUCCUCUGACUUCAGAGGGGAAAUGUUAAUAAAAAAUUUUGACCAAAUUUGAAACUUUCUUACACAAAUUCACACCCUUGAUAUAGGUAUCAAAAUUUUAAAAAUUGAUAGUUUUUCUCCAGCCAAAAAUCAUGUUACUAUUAAAUAAAUUUGUUAUUUGAAGGAAACGAGUAUCUCCCGUAAUCUGUACAGUUGUUACUAUUUUAGCUGUGAUUCUCUUACAAAUCAGAUGUUUGCUAGCAAUUCACAAGUGCCUUCAAUAGUUUAGAGUAGUUAUCUUUUUGUAGCGGUUCAAGUGCUCACUUUUGAGCUUUGUAAGCACAAAAAGUUAGUUGGCUGCUGCUUGAAGUUACUUAAUACAUUCCAUUUCACCUGUAUUGCCUUCCUUCUGAAAUUCUGAAACCUUUGUUACCAUUUUAUGCAAAAAAUGCAGCAUGUAUUAAUGUUGAUAAUUGUCUGACCUUAGAUAUUGUCCAUUCUAAGAUAUUGACAUCAGAAUUUGAUAGAAGUUACUGCACCAUAACCAUUCAUAUCUGACUGGAUAUAGCUAUCAAAUUAGUAUUUAUUUAACUUAUGAAUAAGUUAUCUUAAUCUCAUCAACAAACAUCUACAUGGUGUCUUCAAACUAUUGUGACAUCUGUUGUGACAUCGACCAACUCAAUAACAUUAACGUUAUAAUGUGUAAAUUUUAGCUAACAUCAAUCUUUGUAAAGAAUUGUAAAGAUUAAGAUCUUUGACAAUAUUUGAGCGUUUUCUUCUUUUUUAAUCCUAGACUCAAUCUAUGAUUGAGAAUUCAGGUAGUGACCUUUCCUGUAGUUUUGACAAUUCUGUACAGGCAGAUGAUUUUUUAAAUCCUAAUCAUAAACUAACAUGCUCCUUGUAUAGUGUGUGUUGUAGUGUAUAUUCUGUUUCUUACUGUGGAAAUAUAGUUUGUAUCAUAUCUAACCAUGACCUGUAAGUUAAAUCAGAAUAUGUACAUUUUCGUACAUGUGUUAUGUACAUCUCUUUACACAGUGGUAUUGUGAUGUAUAGUUUUUUUUGCAUGGGUACCACACAUCAUAUCCUUUUCUUACAGUAUUAUGAUUUGCAUCUUAUGUUUGUAGUCUGUGCAAUGCAUUGAACCUACUUACAAAUCAUAACAUUGGCAAGUCAGCUCUGUACAACACAAAUGGGCAAUACUCUCUGUGUUCCAGUUUCAUAUUUUACCAACACUGUCAAGUCAAUAGUUUUGGACCAGAGAUAAUUGUAUUCAACAAUUGCUUACAUAGGAGUUGCAUUUCAACUGUCUCGUGGAUUGGAAGUAAAGGAAAAAAUGUGCAGAUCAAUACUUUAUGUGUAAUGCAAGACAGAGAUAUGAGACUAUGAAACUGUACGUCUGUUGAUCAGAACAAUUUCUAAUCAUACAGCUAGUAAUGGGCAUCAGUCCCGAGUCUACACCUGUUUCAACCUUUGUGCUAACUGUGCCUGGAUAGUAACUUGUAAUUGAACAGGAUAGUAACUUAGGUUAUUAAUUCAGCUGGUGUAGACCUUGGGUACAAUAGGAACAUUGUAAUAUUUGUUUGGGAAAGAGAACUUUAGAUUGUAUUUGAACAGAAAAUAAAACUAUUCCUAUUUUCUACCUA